GGCGAUGUUGAGGCAGCCUGUGGGGGCUGUUGCUCGGCACAAGGGGCGAAGGUGGGUGGUGGGCCGAGGCCUCCUUCGGCAUACACUUCGUCGGGCUCUCUCGGAUGGAACAAGCAGGCUGUCUGACGGCACGUGUGGAAUGCGAACUGCGGUUAAGUGCAAGACACAAUAACCAGACCAAUCACGAUAGUGCCCUCAUUUUGCUGCGGCUUGUUGAGAUCCUGGUGCGCGCCCCAGUGCCUUACUGCUUCUACCUUAUCAAGAUGCCAUCGCUACGUGCUCUCCGGCCGUUUUGCUGACCGAAUUCUACAUUAGAUGCAAGGCCCGUCAACGAGGCUUUCCUAAUAAGGCCAAAAAUGUGUGACAGAGACUGGCAAGAAGAUGACAAGGCCAGCAAAUCAUGGUCCGAGGCACCACUCCAUCAACUGGAUAUGGACUCUGAGAAAGGUACUUCAACUCUCACAGCCCGUUCUAUGUGUACGAUUGGCUUUAAGAUGUGCUCCAUUCCGGCCCCAUUCCUCCAUCUUGUGUGCAUGUGGAUUUCGCACUUCUUCACGUAGCGUCGCCUCGUGGAAUUUCUCUACGCUGGCGCGACGUCUUUGCGCAUCACAUUUGAUCGAUAGGGACUGGUCAUAAGUUGCGAGAACCAGCUCUGAGGUUCGUCACUAAGUCACCAUCUAGCAAAGCCACCAGUCGGCCAUCAUUGGUAAGUUCACUGACCGGUGGGUUUUGGCUAAGAGCUGAGCUCCCUAACAUUGCAUAGGUCAGACUACGUAAUACUUGCAUCAUGGCAGCCAAACCUCAGGAGGUUUUCAGGCUGCUGUUCCAACAAGGAAAGCUUGUAUUGGAUAAUCCGCAGAAAGUCACACACAUCCAUGACAGAGGCGAGUCCUUUCGACUAAAGAGCGAACAAAGAAAUCCAGCAAGCCGAGGAUCCAUUGGGGCUUCCAGGCGACCAGAAGAGUUUCGUUUCGAACACGAUGUUAUCAGAAUUAUUGCCGAAGAACUCGACGAAGCGGCUGCCAUGGUGCCUGACCUUCUUGAACCGGACAAGGACUUUAUACCAAGACGCACAUUUGAACAGAUUAUGACACACAGUCGAGUCUUAUCUGCUGUUCAUGUGCUCAAGUGCUUCAAAGGCGUACAGGACAAAGAUCAGCUCGCCAGAGAAAUCCAGUAUGGUAGCGCCGAUGGCUCCAAGUCGCCCUGUGUCAAGCUACUCGCAAUUUUGAUUGGAAUUGACAAAGCCGAGGAUAUGUCAAAACACAUGUGGACUGAUGAGCUAAGGGAUAGCUGCCUGCCCCUUCGAAAGGUACCCAACGACAGACGUCGAACGCUUCAGUGCAGGAAGCACAAGGAACAUCGCCUACUGAAUAGCUAUCGUCGACCAGAAGACCGUAAUAGGUUUUCCCAAUGGACCUACUCCAUGUGCUCUCCCUUCAUCAAAUGGGAGCAUGGAACACAUCAACAUUACCUGCUGGAUACGGGAGACGUCUUCCCCAUGGAGGUUAUGGCCAAGGUUGAGGAAGAAGAAAGAAAAUCGGAUUCUGGUGGGAAUCAAUACGGGGGCUUCAGCGAGGUAUACAAAGUAAAAAUUCACGAAGGUCAUUCUGACUUUGGAGUGCAUGGGAUUCGGCAUCCACAAGGCUACUUUGCGCUAAAGAAACUCACAUCGCAUAGUCGUGACAGUUUCAAUCUCGAGUUGUCAUCACUAGUUUCCACUGCCCAGAACUAUCAAAAGAAACACAUCAUACAGCUCCUGGCCACAUUCGAGGUCAAGAAUGCGGCGACAAGAGAAUCAACGUUCUAUCUCUUGUUUGACUGGGCUGAUGGAACAUUGAACAAGUUUUGGCAGAGCAAUGAAGCUCUAGUGAGAGAUAAACGGCAUUGCAAGUGGAUGGCGACUCAAUUCUACGAAGUUUCCGAAGCUCUUCGCUAUGUUCACAACGAUCGCGAACCAACUGUACGAUAUUUGGAGGACCGAGACUCCAACAAGCAGUUGUAUGGACGCCAUGGGGACAUUAAGCCAGGGAAUUUUCUGUGGUUCAAAUCGGAUAGUUUUCCCGGUCUUUUGGCAUUAGCGGAUUUCGGUCUCGGGCGACUGCACACCCAAGUUUCCCGCUCAAAGCAAGACCCUAACAGCCUGGAAAGAACAGCAACGUAUCGCUGCCCCGAAUUUGACCUGGAGUUUGGUCUCGUGUCACCAAGGUCAGAUAUCUUCAGCCUAGGAUGUGUGUUCCUCGAAUAUGUCACCUGGUUUUUGCUCGGGCUCGAAGACGUGGAGAAAACCUUUCCCGAUUUCAGACUGGAACAAGAUAAACAUGGGUUCGACUCUGAUGUCUUUUUCUCGAUCAAAGACAAAAAGGCUUACCUCAAGUCCUCGGUUACCACAUGGAUAACGAAACUCAAGAACCACCGUGACUGUUCCUGGUACCUUUCGGACUUGCUUGAUGUCAUUCGAGACCGCAUGCUAGAUCCCGAGUCCACGACGAGAAUCCCAUCAAGCUUAUUGAGCAAAAGGAUGAAGGAUCUUUUGAAGGCUUGCACCGUCGACCCCGAUUACUAUCUUAAGCCUAAAAGCUAAGAUUCGCGAAAGAGAUGGCUGGGAGACCCAGGCAACCUUCCCAAGACCCGAGAAGGUGAAUGAAUCGCACUUUUCAUGCUCAAGCUCAAACCCAGAAGCAAGAGCCAUCAUUGCUUCCGCGUCAGACCACGACCCUAAGAUAUCAUCAAUUACACGAUUCAACGGAGAAAGGUCAGGGCGUCUCGUCUUUCACACAUGUCCGACCUUAAGACAAUGUUGCAGCUCGACAGGUCAGAUUUUCCACAUCCCGAGCCUGAAAGCCAACCACUAAGUCAAUCGCUGUAGUGAACCCUAAUGCGCUGUUCGAUCGCUGCUAGCUCGCCCUUCAACCCCGAAUACGUUAGUUCAUUCAGCUCAACUUAUGGAUUUACCAGGAGGUAGGUAUCUCAGACCUCUUUCAGUGGCUUGGGCAGCAUGAGGAUGAAUCUGUUGGCUCUUUCCUGUUUAAAGCUAUCGUCAGUAAACCAUGUACCGGCCAUGAAUGAGAGUAUUUUGUAGUAACGGCAGUGUACCUUGACCUUAUAAUUCCCUUGG